GACAUCUUGACAAAGAGGUUAUGUUAUGUGCGUACCUACCGGGAAAUAAAGACUGAAAUUAAUUAUUACACCUGACUAUUGAUUAAUGUAGUUAUCAUUUUAUAAAAUGGAUAGCGUCGAAGACUUAAAUGUAAUUUUAAAAGGCAGCUGUAGAAAAGGAAAUGUGAGUAUCAGUGAAACAUUAGCAGACUUUGAAAAACUGCGUAUUUCUGCAUUGACGAAAGCUGCAGAAAUAAGUCACCUUGUGAAAGAAGUAACCAUUGGUCCCAACAGUCCUGUAAAGAAAGACACUAUCAGAGAUGAAACGCCUCCUACUGAGCAAGACAAGGAAAAUAGAAAUGAAGAGAAUUUGCUGGAAGAUAAGAUCGCUGAAGAAAUGCGACAUACUCUAAUAAUCAAAGACUACGAAUCGCAACUGCAGGAUAGUUCCGAGGAGUUGUUCAUAAACCUCAUUGAAAACCUAAUGAAAAAUCGUGCUGAAAUAAUGAAAAAGUAUUGGAAGAAACAAAGUGAAGAAUGUGAACGCAAGGCAUUAGAGAUUCGGGCAAAGAAACUUCAACUAUUGAAAAGUUUACAAGAAAAUGACAAUAUGAACAUACUUGAAAAAGCUAGGCAUGAUCAGCAGACCAGUCAGCUCAUCAACACACAGACCAUAGAAAACAUGAAUAGAAUUUUAGAUGAACAAAAUAAAGCUACAAUGAGAUUUGAUUCAGUCACUGACAGUCACACCAAAAUCUGCAUUGCAUACCACGAAAUAACUGUUUUAAUACAAUCAGAACCAUUGGCCAAGACUGUGUCAGAAAAAUACAUAGGAUCAAUUAAUACAGUAAUUGGGAACAUCCAAAAUAUAAUGAAUUUAUGUAAGUCAGGUACUUUAUCAGACAGGGAUGUGAAACAAGCUGAAGUGUUGGCUUUAAAUAUAGAAAAUAUUAAAAAGAAAUUAGUUGAUGAAUUAAAUAUUGCUAAAGAGCAAGAAGCAAUCAGUAAGCAGUAUGAAGAAAAGUUAGCUAAAGAGAAGGAAAUACAAGAAAAGAAAGCUCAAGAAGCUAAAAUGGUUCAAGUGGACCAAGUAGACACAGCUAGAGUAGUGACUCCAAACAUAGAACAAAAUAAAAGAUCUGGGCCACUAUUUUAUUCCCCUCAAAAUUAUACUUAUUAUGAAAAACUAAAGAAAUUCUUAGAAGAAUAUGAAGGAAGAUAUAAAGAAUUACUAGAAAAUGUUAAUUUGAAAAAGUUUCGCUUUGAUUGUCAGAAGGCUGUUAAUACUCCAAUAAAUGCACUUUCUUCAGUUAGUGGUAAUCAUAUCAGGGAUAAGUUUGACAAACUUUCAAAAUUACUCAGAGGUGAAAGAGUGCAAGUACUAGACAUUUAUGUAACGGCAACACAGCAUCCUCAAGGUUUAUACUACUGUACUGCUCUGUUAGCUAAGAAAAUUGUUAGACAAGGAGAUCUGCUGGUCUCAAGUAAUCCAGAAGCAGCAUUUCCUUUAGCUGCUUUAACCACUGCCCUAUGGUCCCAAUUUCCAGAACUUGGUACUCUGUUGGAGGCAUAUUUUCAUAGACAGUGUCCAUAUUUAGUACCAAUGUUUCUUCCUCAGAAAGAGGGCCAGACAGACAAAGACUUUUAUUUAUCUAGAGGCUACAUAUACAGUGAUGAAGGGGCAGUAGAAAAACAAGACAAAUUUUUGAAGCGGAUGUCUGGAAUAUUCAGACUCCGAUGUGCUAUAUGGAUUGCCAAAACGCCAAGAUUUCUAAACACACCAAAUCCUCACAGCUUGCGCUAUGGAUGGCAAUGGCUUGCUUCAUUUAUAAAUUUGAAACCUGAGCCAGAGAUAUCUGCUACUUUAUUACAUGAUUUUUUCAAUGUCUGUGGUUCAGAAUUUAUGAAGUGUUAUGGGAAGCAAUUCUUGAAAAUAAUAAAAUUAAUAAGCACAGACUACCUAGCAAUUCUGCAAAAUAUUGACGAAGGAGGUCCGAAAACUAGACUGGAAGUAUUUCUUCAGAAUGUACUGAAAACGGGCCAUAUCUCUCCACCUAGUGGGUUGCUGGAGCCAAACACUUGGUAGAAGUAUAAGCAACUGUAAAUAGUUUUUAGUGACCUUUUGAUUAAGUAAUAGUGUUGUAAUCUUAUGUAUAAAUUGCAAUUAUAUUUAUUGAUACAAUUUUUGAAAAUUUGUAUUGUAGAUAAAGUGUACUUACUACUAAUAAAAUUGAUUUUGCUUCAUGUUUAGAACAUACAA